GGAUGCAGGCAAGCCGAUUGCGGUCGGAGGCGACGCGCUCGACAUGGGCAACUGGAUCAUCAACCACGGUCUCACGGCCUUCAUACUGGUGGUCUGGAUGGGCAUCAACACCUUUCUUUUCGUCUGGUUUUACCUCUUCUACGAUUUGGGGGAUCAGUUUUUCUACACGCGCCACCUUUUAGGGUCUGCCUUGGCCUGGGCCAGAGCGCCUGCAGCUGUCCUCAAUUUCAACUGCCUGCUGAUCCUGCUGCCGGUGUGCAGGAACCUGCUGUCUCUGAUCCGAGGCUCAUUCAUGUGUUGCGGCAGAACAAUGAGGAAACAACUGGACAAAAAUCUGAGUUUCCACAAGCUGGUGGCGUACAUGAUAGCGCUGAUGACAGCCGUUCAUAUGAUCGCCCACUUGCUGAACGUGGAGUGGUACAACAACAGCAGACAAGGAGUUUAUGACAAACUCAGCACCGCCCUUUCCAACCUGGAGGACACAGAGAACACCACUUACCUGAACCCAAUCCGCAAAACGGACAUCGAUCUGCAGCAGAUUCCCACCUACUUUGUCUUCACCACCAUCGCCGGCCUCACGGGCGUCAUCAUCACCCUGGCCCUCAUCCUCAUCAUCACCUCCUCGAUGGAGGUCAUCAGACGCAGCUACUUUGAGGUCUUCUGGUACACGCAUCAUCUCUUCAUCAUCUUCUACGCUGGCCUCGUCUUUCACGGAGCCGGACGCAUUGUUCGGAGUCAACAGCAGACAGAUCCACCACACAACUUCACCUUUUGUAAGGACCGCAGUGAUGAAUGGGGACGGAUUCCUGAGUGUCCAAUCCCUCAGUUUGCAGGAGGGUUCCCGCAGACCUGGAUGUGGGUGAUUGGCCCAAUGAUCCUGUAUCUUUGUGAACGUCUGCUGCGCUUCAUCCGUUACAUGCAGACAGUCAGAUACAGGAAGAUCGUGAUGCGACCGUCCAAAGUGCUGGAGCUGCAGCUGGUGAAGAACGGUUUCAAGAUGGAGGUGGGUCAGUACGUCUUCCUCAACUGCCCCGCCAUCUCUCAGCUGGAGUGGCACCCGUUCACCAUGACCUCCGCUCCCGAGGAGGACUUCUUCAGCGUCCACAUCCGCUCGGCCGGAGACUGGACCGACAAACUCAUCAGCAUCAUGCAGCAGCUACCGGAAGGAACACAGGGACCAAAAAUGGGUGUGGAUGGACCUUUUGGCACGGCCAGCGAGGAUGUGUUCGACUACGAGGUCAGCAUGCUGGUCGGUGCCGGCAUCGGAGUCACUCCCUUUGCCUCCAUUCUCAAGUCUAUCUGGUACAAGUUCAAAGACUCAAACCCUAAGCUGCGCACCAGAAAGAUAUACUUUUAUUGGCUUUGCCGAGAAACACACGCCUUUGAGUGGUUUGCCGACCUCCUGCAGGUGCUGGAGAAAGAGAUGGAGGAGAGAGGCAUGGGGGAUUUCCUCACAUACAAACUCUAUCUGACCGGAUGGGAUCAAAAUCAUGCCACUCAUGUGAUGGUUCACUUUGAUGAGGACACAGAUGUGGUCACCGGGCUCAAACAGAAAACUAACUACGGCAGACCCAUCUGGGACAAGGAGUUCGAACAAGUCCGCAAAGAGAACCCCACGUCUGUGGUGGGAACGUUCUUAUGUGGCCCCGAGGCUCUAGCCGAAGUCUUGGAGAAAAAAUGUGCCAAAUACUCAGACGUGGAUCCUCGGAAGACCAAGUUUUACUUCAACAAGGAGAACUUCUGAGCGGAGAUGCAACGGGAAAGCAGCAUUCUGGGGUUUUUGGGGUUUUUUUUGGAUUCCCUUUUCUCUUUCGCCGCGGGUCAGUUUAAGACAGCUGACUAGGACAAAGCUGCCUGACAACCGGAGGCAGUAGCUGGGCAUUUAUGACACACUACACUGCAGACUAACGAUACGGGCAUGUUGUUUCUACAUUUUCUCAGGGACUGACUUACUGUCUUUAACCACCAUGAAACAAUUUGUCAUGGCCUCAUAGCUCCUCAAUGAUUAAUGGUCAUGGUGUCAACCGCAUGUGAAAACUCUCUGCCUCAUUUAACUGUAACUUUCUGGUCAAGCCCUCAUCGUUCCUGAUCUGAUACUUGACAAGUUCACAGGAAGAGUUUUAUUGAUACAGAGAAAUCAGGACCUUGAGGUUCUGUCUCUACUGUACACUUGUUAAUGUGCACAAAGACAGAUUAACAAAUGAAUGUACUAAUUUCAGGUACAUGUGGUAAUUGGACUACUACAGCAGCUCAGCUAGGGCUGCAGCUAACAAUUAUUUCCAUUACUGAACAACCUGCCUUUUAUUUUCUUGUGUGAAUGCAAGAAAAUAAUGAAAACCGCCCAUCAUAGUUUUUUGGGUUUUUUUUAAAUGUCUCCUUGUUUUACCCACGCAACAGUCCAAAACCCAAGAAGAUUCACUUGACUAUCGGGUGAGACAAAGAAAAGCAGCAAAUCAUCACAUUUAAAGCCUGAACCAGUGAAUUUCUGGCUUUUUUUUUUUUCUCGGAAAAAUGACCAACAUUGACCCAAUUUUUUUCUAAGUCACCAUAUUUCAUCUUACUUAAGCAUAUAUUUCCCCCUCAACGCAGAGAAUUUACCUAUGAUCAAAUACACUGUAAAUAACCAUGAUGUGCUCUUUAACGAAAUACAUGUGAAUGUGUUAAAGGCAACAAAAACUAUUGUCAGCUCCAGAAAGAGUUUUCUGAAACUGAGUAUAAACAAUUCUUGUCAUAGUAACUCUACUGGUAAAGUAAACAAUUCUUUGACACAGACAAUGGUUUAUUAUAAUCUGGUCAAACUGGCUUCUAUUUCCUUAUCGGAAUUAUGAAACCAGGAGGAAAAGAUGUCAGUCACGUACACUGUGGUUAUUCAUCCUUUAAAGAUGUGGGGGAUACUCCUUGUU